CACGCCAGACCGGGACAAUCAACACCACAAAACUUCGCUCAACCCAAAAUUACGAAUAAGCCAGAACCGGGAAAAUUGCAAGGAUCUACAAAGGCUAUCUAUUGCAGGCGCACCAAACCAAGCCAAGCUCAGCCCAAGCCUUCAUCGGCUCACGGGUUUCACUCACUUGGCUCAGUCAGUCGACUUACACGGCAACGAGCCUGAUAUUCCUGGUUCACCCUGGCCACACCCAAGUGUUAACAUGUAUAACCUCACAAAGGCUGACUCGUUCAGCAACCCGGGCUCUGACCCAGCAUAUGUCCUAGAAAUCACACCAGUGGCCGGGGGACUGGCAGCCAUCUCGUCAGACCAGAAACUCACCCUGUUCGACCCGUCAAGACUGAGCCAGGGCCCCCUCAAGACAAUACGGACAUCCCAUGAGAACAUCAAAUGUGCGAGGGCAUUCGACGCAUCCAACUCGAUCAUCUGCACGGCGGGGACCAACGGCACCGUUGCGCUGUGGGACCUGCGACUAGACGGGCCAAAAGCGCAGGUCGCUGCCCUCUCAGGGAGUGACGCGCCAGUCAUCUCCAUCGCCUGUAAUUCCUCGAGUAACGCCAUAGCAGCUGGCACAGAGUACGCGAACCACCAGGCAUCCAUCCUCAUAUGGGACGCCCGCUCCGGUUCCGCGCCUCAGAUACGGUACAGCGAAGUCCACAGCGACGACGUGACAGAGCUCAACUACCACCCGGCCACGCCCCAGGUCCUCCUCUCGGGCUCCACCGACGGGCUCGUCAACGUCUGCGACACGUCCAUCACCGACGAGGACGAGGUCGUCGUGCAGGCCUUCAACCACGGCUCCGUGCACCACGCGGGCUUCCUCAACGCCACCGAGGUCUACGCCGUCAGCCACGACGAGAAGUUCGCCCUGUACGACGUCGCCGAGGCCCGCGAGGGCGGCGACGCCACCUGGGCCGUCGGGGACAUCCGCGCCGCGCUGGGCUGCCAGUACGUCGCCAACAUAGCGCCCAAGCUGGGCGAUAUGGGUGCUGUCAUUGGUGCCGGCACACAGGACCAACAACUCUUCCAGCUCGUCCACAUGGCCAAGUCGCCGGGCUGGGGCUUCAGCGCCGAGACGAGCGUCGGGCUUCCAGGCGCGCAUGGGUCAGAGCUGGUGCGGAGCUUCUGCGUCUUCGACCAGGAGCAGACUGUGUUUACUGCUGGCGAAGACGGCCAGAUCAUUGCGUGGAGGCCCUAAGUGACCGCUCGAGGCAUGGUUAAGAGAGGGCCUAGCUCGCGAUAAUCCCAAGAUGUAUCUCGGUGGAAAUUAUUCGAGAACAAUCGUCCUCUGAAGACUAUCGGCCUGGGCUGUACCAGCAAACCUGCUCAAAUUUGGGCAGCCCAUUCCCAACGAGUCUGCCUGCUCCUUGUGAAACAAUUAUAAAGACAUGAUUGUUCGAAGCUAGAUCACACAAGGAGUAUCGUAUGAUUGCUGCUAGGAUGGCAAAGUAGAGCCGGAUGACGUAGCGCCGCAUAAGAGAGACAGCCAUAAGCGCAGCAUUAUGAGUAGGGUGUUGGUUUACAUGAGGGAUACAGUGAAUGCAUUUG